GGAUGCAACAUGCGAAAAGUGAAGAUGUUGGUAUGGGAAAUGUGCAAGAUGUCGCGCUACUCGACAACAGACACAAAACUUUUGUGGGCGGACCGAUUCGAAAUGAUGAGUGUCCGAUAGCUAUAUAAAGCAUCUCUUGUCUGGUCGAGGCAAAUCUUUUCACCUCAACACUCGAUUGUUGAUCUGUCUGGUUUCAACUUUAGUGAUUCCUAUUUAUACCGAGUCAAAAUGCUCAACGAACAUUCAAGACUAAGUAUUGCACAGAUUGUAUUCUACAGCCCAGCUGUACUUGCAGCAAUAGCUCUCCUAUUCCUCCGGAAGGCAAUACGAGCGCUUCCUCUAUUCCCGUGGAUCGUGCUUCUGAUAUUCACUCUUGUCCGCUUAGUUGGCGGUAUAGUUGUGAUCCUCUACGAAAAUGAUCCUUCAAGCACUGGUCUCCUGAUCGCUACGUUGAUCCUGCUGAAUAUUGGGGUGUUUCCUUGCAUUGCAGCUACGAUUGGAUUAAUCAACAUCAUCACCUAUGUCGAUUUUCGCGAAAACAAAAUUCUCACCAAGACCAUUGUUUGCUCUCGGUUACUACUUCUUGCGGGUGUUGCUUUACUUGUUACUGGAGGCUCUCUUCAAGGCGAUGAUAGCCCAGAUGACCAGGCAACAGGCACGAAGCUUGUACGAAUCGGAUACUGUAUAGUGACAGUGUUCGUUGCUUGCCUAUUUUCUUUCCAGCUAUUCUUUUGGUCGCGAAGAAGCCAACUUAGUCGUACAAGCUUUUUUGUACUCCGCAGUGCGUCCAUAGCGAUGCCAUUCUUUGUCGUACGCCUAACCUACGCUUUCCUUUCCAUAUACCACCAAGAUCAGACAUGGAACUCGUUGACUGGACCUGUUGUGCCAUUCAUUCUGAUGGCGUUGCUGAUGGAGUAUUGCGUUGUACUUAUUUAUCUAUAUACUGGAUUCAAGGUCAGGUUUCCGGAGGAACGCGCUCAUGAGAGUGCUGACCGCCCAAUUGAGUUGAAGUCUUGA